AAAAUUAAGCACGACCCGCGCGAGGUGUCGAGAAAAAUGGUCAGGAUCUCGACCAAGCGCGCUAGAACACCAAAUUGGUCACCCGAGGAAAAACAGUUCCUGCUAGAACUAAUAAAAGAACAUAAGGAAGUGGUCGUUACAAAGAACAACAACGGCCCUAACCAUUCUGAGGAGAAAGACGUAGCUUGGAACGAAAUCCUACGGCAACUAGCAGUAAAAUUCGGUAACAAAUUCUUCGGACUUUCCACCAAGAAAGUUAAAACUCAGUGGCAGAACAUGAAACGCAUAACUCGUGAGGAGAUCGCCCUAAACGGAGACGUAGUAAAUAAAUAUUCGAAACAGUCAAUGGAAGUGUGUACUAUAUUAGAUUUAGUUAAGGAUGGAAUACUUAAGAAGGAAAAUGAAGUUAAUGACACUACAAUGAGUGCUAAUGUUGAAAUUAAGACGGAAUGCAUAGAUGAAGAUCCUACUAGUCAACCAAGCUGCAGUAGCACAAAUCUUUACCAAGACAUCUCUUCAAAGGUUAAUGACAUAACAAAAUCCUCGUCGUCGUCCGAGAUCGCUGAAAUAAUUGCUGAUGAUCCGGAAAUGGACCAGGAGAAUAUGAACAAUAAGAGAUCAAAAUGCACUAUGACUGAACCUACACUUUUAGAAGAUAAUAUCAGAAACGUUGUUCAAUUCAAUACUGAUAUGCAUGAAUUUUUAAAAUUUUCUGCAACAGAAAAGCACCUAAAAAUGGAAUCAUUGAAAGAGGAACGCCAGGUCUUCAGAGCUGUGAGGGAAACUGCAGAACUAAACAAAAUUAUAGCGGAACAGAAGCUGAAACAUAUUCUUUGGAUGAAAAACCAAGAGAUGUCAAUGUACGGUGGUGAACCCGGAUCUGGAGCUGGAAAGGGUGGUGGCGGUGGUGGCGCCAUUCGUGAAGCUGGUGGUUCAUUUGGCAAGAUGGAGGCUGCUAGGGAAGAUGAAUACUUUUACAAGAAGCAAAAGGAACAGUUGGCCAACCUGAAAGGGCAUUUAGACAAAGAGAUUGCCUUCCAUCAAGAGCAGAUUAAGCGCCACGAGGAUGCCAUACGUCGUCACAAAGAACAAAUGUCCGGCAUGAACCCUGACAAGUAAUAAUUAAACAACAAAUUAUCCUAAUAUUCAAAGUCCUGUUUUGUAUUGUAUGGUGAAUAUAUUACAUAAUAUUAAAACAUUCGAUGUGAAUCUUU